AUGGCUCGCACUACUCGCGCCGCCGCCGCAAAGGCUGCAUCAGCUACAGGCUCCGUGAAGCAGGAGCCUCAGCAGCUGUCGAGCCCUCCAUCGACACCCGCCACAGCUCCCCGUAAGCGAGCCCGCAAACAAAUCAAGGCUGAGAACGAUGGCGAUGUGAACGAACUGCCACACAACCUUGGUACAGCUUUGCCAACUCCUGGUGCUGACGAUGGAGCCGAUGCGAAGCAUUCGCCGCCCCGUAAGCGGGCACGAAAGGCGAUGAAAAGUGAAGCGACCGAGGACCUCAAGGAAAACUUACUAGUUGCGACCGACGCUGUUGUCAAAGCCGAGGAGGCAGCCGAGCCGACGCCGAAGAAGACGCCAAAGAAGGCGAAUUAUGGACUCACGCCGGGCAUGUCACCAUAUCCUGACUACCUUCGCCCUACGCCCGAAGAAUGCCGCGAAGUAGUAAGACUUCUGGAGAAGGUUCAUGGCAAGGUAAUAGCACCCAAGGCCGUCCCGCCACCGUCACUUGAUGUCUCAGGAUGUGGUGAGGUACCGUCGGUAGUAGAUGCACUUGUGCGAACAAGGCUCAGUGCCAAUACUACAAACAAGAACAGUAGCACCGCCUUCCAAGGGCUGGUCAAAAGAUUCGGGACUCUGACUGAAGGCGUCGGCAAGGGCAGUGUUGAUUGGGAUGCUGUCCGCCAGGCACCUCAGAAGGAAGUGUUCAAGGCGAUCGAGAGAGGUGGUCUCGCUGACCGAAAGUCGAGGGACAUUCAAGCAAUUCUUCAAAUAGCAUAUGAAGAGAAUCAGGAACGCAAGAAUGCUCUCACUUCCAACGACCAAUCGGCAGCAGCAGGGGCUGAAAACGAGCCAGCUGCUGAGAAGGAAGCAGAAAUCGAGAAGGCGGAAAAGAACAUCAUCUCUUUGGAUCACCUCCACUUGCUCAGCACACCCGAUGCGAUCAACAAGAUGCUUAGCUUCCCAGGUAUAGGGCCCAAAACUGCGUCCUGUGUCGCACUUUUCUGCCUGCAGCGUCCAAGCUUCGCGGUCGACACCCACGUCUUCCGUCUUUGCCAAUACCUCGGCUGGGUACCCAAGAGCACGAAGAAAGGCCAACCCAAGGUCGAUCGCAACACGACUUACUCGCACUGCGAUGCCAGGAUCCCGGACGAGUUCAAAUACGCUCUCCAUCAACUGCUGAUCAAGCACGGUAAGGUUUGUCCGAGAUGUCGCGCUAUCACUGGACAGAGCAGUGCAGGCUGGGAAGAAGGCUGCCCUAUCGAACACCUCGUCAAGCGACACGGGGCGAAGAAGGGUGGUGUUAGUGCGGUGGCGAGGAAGAAGGCGAAGGUCGCUGCUGGAACGGCUGAGGAGGAGGCUGGCGAGGCUGCUGAAGCUGAGGCUCUGGCGGAAGAUGACGAGAGUGAACUGAGUGAUGAGUAA